GGAUCUUCAAAAUGGCAUUAGCGGCAAUUGAUCCACAGCAGAACGUUGUCUCAAGGGUUGCCAACCUUCCCUUGGUGAGCUCCACCUAUGACAUGGUGUCCUCUGCUUACAUCGCCACGAAGGACAACCAUCCUUAUUUGAAGUCUGUGUGUGAGAUGGCGGAGAAGGGAGUGAAGACAAUUACUUCGGUGGCCAUGACGGGUGCUCUGCCUAUCAUCCAGAAGCUGGAGCCGCAGAUUGUAGUUGCCAACAACUAUGCAUGUAUGGGUCUAGACAAAAUUGAAGAGAGGCUGCCUAUACUGAAUCAACCCAGUGACAAGGGUGUUGCCAAUGCCAAGGAUGUAGUUGUUGGAGCCCGGGAAGCUGUAACAACCACUGUGACUGGUGCCAAGGAAACUGUUACCCACAAAAUCACUGGAGUUGUGGGCAAGACUAAAGAAGCAGUACAAGAUAGUGUUGAAAUGACUAAGUCAGUUGUCAAUGGCAGCAUUAACACUGUCCUGGGGAGUCGUGUGGUGCAAAUGGUUAGCAGUAGAGUGGAUAGUGCGCUCACUAAAUCGGAGACCUUCGUAGACCAGUAUCUCCCACUUACAGAACAGGAGAUAGAGCAAGAAGCUGCAAAAGUUGAAGGAUUUGAAGUUGGAGUUCAAAAGCCAAGUUACUAUAUUAGACUAGGAUCCCUGUCUUCAAAGGUCCGUGCACGUGCCUACCAACAAGCCUUAAACAAAGUUAGAGAUGCUAAGCAAAAAAGCCAGGAGGCAAUCUCUCAGCUCAACCACACUGUUAAUCUGAUCGAAUAUGCCAGAAAGAACAUGAAUAGUGCCAAUCAGAAACUUCUUGAUGCUCAGGAAAAACUGUAUCAAUCCUGGGUAGAAUGGAAGAAAAAUACAGGCCAAAAUGAUGGUGAUGAAUCGCAUAGCGCUGAGCACAUUGAGUCGAGAACUCUAGCUAUCGCACGAAGCCUCACUCAGCAGCUGCAGACCACGUGCCUCACGCUGGUCUCAAGCAUACAGGGGCUUCCCCAGAAUGUGCAGGACCAGGUUUACAGUGUUGGGUCAAUGGCAGGUGAUGUCUACCAGAGCUUUCGGUCAGCAUCUUCCUUCCAGGAACUGUCAGACAGCUUCCUUACCACUAGCAAAGGACAACUGAAGAAAAUGAAGGAGUCUCUGGAUGAUGUGAUGGAUUAUCUGGUUAACAACACACCGCUUAACUGGCUGGUAGGUCCCUUUUACCCACAAUUGGCUGGUAUUCCGCAUGCUGAGAGCGAAGGGGAGGAAGAUUCCAGCCAGGAAGACAAACAGCUUGAACACAGUACUGAAUAAAUUGCAUAGCAUACAUGUACUCUGUAGACUGACCAAACAAGUGACUCUAACAACUGUAGCUGUCAAAUAACUUCGGAAGAAAAUUGAUAUGUGGGAGUGAGGGAAAAUGACAAAAAG